AUGGGAGUUGUACAUCUCGAGCCAAUCUACUUAGCAAAUGUUGCGAUAUAUAUUGACAGGUUUUCUUCAUUUGAAACAUUUCAGUGUGUUUCAAAAAAUUGUGUGACCGCACUUGAAAUGCUUCACAUAAAUCCACCGAAGCUGUGUGUUGGGAUGAAGUACCUUGUACGGGUACUCCCUCAACUUAAUACAGUUUUCUUCUCUAUGGAAAACGCCACAAAUGAACUGAAAGGCGACUUAAUUAACAAAGUUCGAUGGAUUGAUUCGACAAAGGAAACAACACGAUGUGAAAAAAUUGCACCACAGUUUGAAGACAAAAUUCAAAAGUUGAGAAUUUUCCCGUACGACAUUAAAAAUUUAGCAAAAUACUUUUACCUUAACUAUUUAAUUAUCGAGCAAUUUAAUACAAUAGAUUUGGAUAAAUUAAAAGAUGUGUUGAGUUUCAAAAACAUUACAAAAGUCAUUGUAUAUAUCAUCAACGAAAAUUUAGAGAAAAAAGAUAUAAAUUUAAUAAAAACAAUUUCGAGCAAUUCACAAGCAUGUCAUCUUACUGUAGUCGCCAAAGACACUCCAAAUUAUGAAGACAAAAAUUUGAGAAUUUUACAAAUCGAUGUCAACGCUUUAAGAACAAGAAAAAUAGAAAUUAAUUUGAACUCCAGUAAAGAACAAAAUACAGAUGAACAAUUUAAUGAAGACAAUUUAGAAGUACCAUUUAUGAUACAAGAAGAAAUGCACUUUUCUUUUAAAAUGCAAAGAAAUGAUUAUGAUUAUAAAAUAACUCAAAUUGAAAAAAUAGAUGUUUUAGAAAGCAUUUUUCUAUCUGGAAGUGUGUCUAAAAUCAAAGUUAAUGUCAUCGGUGAUGCUUUUGACUCUGAGAAAUUUCUAAAGAACUUCCACCAUUUUGCAAACGACUUUCAAACCAUAAUGAAUGAACAUAGUAAAAACUACUAUGUCUCUGAGGAUAUUUUUAAUAUGAUAGGGGCACCUGAUCUAUUCCAGAUUGACAUCGACGCAUUCAUUGAAGGUAAAACUCUCAUUUUUGACAUCAAUUUUAUUGGGGAUUUUAAAGAGAAAAAGUCGAAAAAAUAUGAUGUUCAAGAUGAUAUUAUUAAAACCGAACGAAAUAACAAGAACAUUGAAAAAUUGAUGGAGGGGUUUGUUCUUAAAAACGAGAUUUAUAAAGGAGAAAUAACGCUAUUUGUCGAUCUCCAUGUUGAAAAUUGUAAAGCCGACUUGAGCCACAAAAAUGUAACUUUCGAGCUCAAAUUUGGGAAUUUUGAAAAGGAAAAGCCGAAGUUUGUGUUGAGAAAGGGUGGUUUAUUGACUUCAAAUUUCUAUAUAUCGAAGUUGAGUAUCAAUAAUUUAGUAUUUAAAAGGGUGGAUAUCCCAAGUGUAAACACUUACGUCUUUAAAGGUGUGAAAUACGAAAUAAACAAUUUUGAUAACAAAAAGGAGUGUUUUGUGACAUGUUUGUCUGAUUGUAAUUACACAGAACGACUUAAAAAAAUCGACAUCAAUAAAACAAUUGUUUUCCCACAAAACAAGACAAUAAAAUUUGAACCCAAAUAUAUUUGUGAUACAGUAUUAUACACUAUUGACUAUCGGGUUAUGGGAAAUAUCCCAAAAUUUGAGCUUGUUUUAACAUUGAUAAACAGAGAUGAUGAAAGUGUGAAACGGACAUACUCUAAACAAAAAAUAAAAGUUGAAAAAACCAUAAAACAAGAUGUUUCAGAUGAAAGCGAUGAAGAAUAUAUUCAAAGUGAAGAAAGUGAAAAUGAAAGUGUUGAUGAAGCAGAUAAAUGCUAUUUAUGGGGUGGUGAUUGA